AUGAUUCCAGCCGUGCAACAACAGAGUGUUGAAUCCAGUUGCUUUCACUGCACAAUCAACCAAGCCUUACUUGGAAACAGUCAAGUGUGCAUGCUCCACUAUCCUAGGAUCCAUGUGGUUCCAACUCCAGCUACAAUACCCCAGCCCAUUGUGAUGAAUAAGGCUUCACAUGUGACCAGUGGUGACAGAAUUAAUUUUCUGAUGAACUCUGUCUACAAGUUGAUUUAUGAAAGCAUCUACUUAGCCCUCACGGACUCCAAGCUCCUCGGCUGGUACCUCGCUCUUUCGCCUCUGGACCGAAAGAUCAUUCAAAAUAACGGAGGAUUUCACCAAUUCCUUAGGAAGCAUCCAUUGUUGGAGCUGUCAAAGAACCACAUUUAUGUAAAACACAUUACCACUGUUUCAAGAGAGAGCUCUCCUCAGUGGAGCAGCAACACUGUGGACAGUUACAGCCAACAUCAGGGCACCUUCCACUCAAACCACAGCUACCCUACACCUCAACGUAUGGACCCCAGAUUACAGGAGCUAAGCAAACUCGCAUGGCAAAUGGCGAGCCCUUACAAUGGUCAUACUGGAUCUGUGGAACCAGAGCAGGUUGCCAAUUUCUCUCUGGAUUCUGAACUUGAAAUGCACCAACAAGAGAAUCCACAAAGCCCUGCAGUUGGUGUUUUUCUGAAUAGCCCUGAUCUACCCUCACAUGGAGGUGAUGCAUCUGCCCUGAUAUUGGAGUCGAGGCAUGAUACCAGUUCGAAUGAAGACUUCUACAGCAUUCUGGAAGCAGAUAAAAGCAUUGUGCUUUGUGUCUCUGAAAACAAGACCUGCAACAACAGAACCACUGAAAACCGGUCCACAUCCCCCAUGACCUCCGUCUACACUUGUGAUGCUAUGGUUGGCACUGAGCAGACGAUGACAGACACGGCUGUCAAUACAGAAGUCUAUAUGGUAGACCUGGACUAUCUCACCAAGGAGUUUGGUACCAUGAAGACUGAGAGAGAUGAACUGCUGCUGAAGGUUCAGAUGCAGAGGGUCUCUUCGCCUUUUACAAGGAUUGUGAAUGAUCUUAAAAAACUGGAGACUGACUACAACAGGAUGAGAGGAAGGAUCCUGUCGGGGAUCUCUCUGCAGGACCUGACUCCUCUGUCUCUGGGACAUGACUCUUCUGUGGCAGCGAUAAUUGGUGGUAUUCAGAAAGACUGUGUUAGUCCUCAACAACACACUAUGAAUGAUAAACCGGUCCAUCUCGGGGGUGACGGCUCUUUGCAGAGUGAGAUAACAGGUUGUUCUAAAGGAGACUCCAGCUCUGCCAAGAGGGUCGUCACUCGACUCCUGAAGGACGGAGGGACAGACCAAAGGGCAGACAGAAAAUCAUCAGAGUCAUUUUCUAGUGAGGCCUGGUUUGAUGCAGAGGAAGACUUGUCUUCAGACGGCAGUGGAGAGCAACUGAAGGCGGACAAAGAACCUGGUGCUAUAAUGACAGAGAAGCCUAAGGCUGUGAACGCAGGCCUCUGUGUUUUUGGUCUCCCCUCUCGUGCUACUGAGGCUGAUGUGAUGAUGCUGUUUCAAAAGUAUGAUGUGUCAGAGCUUCACGUGUCAAACUUAAAGGAGCUAAGUGUUGCCGUAGUGAUAGUGGAGAGCCAACAGUCUGCUGAAGCUGCAGUGAGAGAACUCAAUGGCCUGAGAGUAAAAGGACACACUUUACAAGUAGAACUCAUUCAGGCAGGAAGAUCAGAUCAUCAGUCCACCAGGAGCAGAAGUGACCCUGAAACUACAAACAUCCCAGGCAAAAGCCAGAAUCUGUUACCAACAACCAGUUCAAGGAAGAAGGUGGUCAGUGUGUCUCCGACAGCUCAGGGGACAUUUGUCCCACAGCACUAUGGAACCAUGGGCAGCUUUGAUAUUCUUAUGACCGAGUUGAAGCAGUGCCACCCAGAUGACUCUGUGGAUCCGGACUCUGUGGACCAGGACUCUGUGGAUCCGGACUCUGUGGACCAGGACUCUGUGGAUCCGGACUCUGUGGACCAGGACUCUGUGGAUCCGGACUCUGUGGACCAGGACUCUGUGGAUCCGGACUCUGUGGACCGGUACUCUGUGGACCAGGACUCUGUGAACCAGGACUCUGUGGAUCCGGACUCUAUGGAUCCGGACUCUGAGGGUCAGGACUCAGUGGAGCUGUCAUGA